GAGAAAUUUUUUCGGCAAUGGCGGAUUAUUGCUCCGUCCUCUUCAUACGUUCGAUUCUUGAAGCAGGAAAAAUAGCUGAAAAUUUGUCAAAUUUUUUUCCUUUUCGAAGUCAAUCCAAAAUCAAAUUCAGAUCUGUUCCUAUCAUUGGAUCGAUCUCAUCUCGAAGCUCAGAUCGCUAUAUGCCUGCGAUCCCGCGCGAGCCGCUAGCUACCACCGCCGCCGCCACCGGAGCGUCGUCAAUUCCUCCUUCACUGCCGCCGUGUUCCGCCGCCGUAGGAGGAGGAGGAAUCGCCGGGAAUGGGUGAGAACGGGUUUACGCCGUCGCGAUACGUGCAGGUACCGGGCCAGACGAACGACCACUGUGCGGCCCAAAUACUGCUGCACUCGCCGGGGCUAUGGGGGGACGGAUCGGAUAUGUACCAGUACAGGUUCUUCACGUACGCCCUACCCCGUUUGCUCCUCCAGAUCUCCGUCGUCUUCCUCCUCACCCACACCCUCUAUCUGCUCCUCAAGCGCUUCCGCCUCCCCCGCAUCGUCUCCGAGCUUCUGGCGGGGAUCAUAUUGGGGCCAACAGUGCUGGGCAAAUUCAAGUUCACCCAAGCCCUCGUGUUCAGACUUGAAGGAGAAGUCUACGUUGACCUCCUCUCAAAGAUCGGUUACAUCUUUUUCAUCUUCCUCAGCGGCGUCAAGAUGGACCCGGGCAUGAUCACCCGAACUGGAUCCAAGGCGUGGACCAUCGGCGCGGUGGCGGUUCUCGUCCCCUACACCGCCUUCCUCAGCUUCAGCGAGAACAUCAUUCAGAACUACCCGCAGAUCCACCGCUACCGGUGGGCGGCGUUCAGUAGCAUUCUCCGCAUUCAGAGCAUUUACGCGUUCCCCGUCAUCGCCUUCCUCCUCGUCGACCUCAAGAUCAUGAACACCGAGCUCGGCCGCCUCGCUCUCGCGACCGGGCUCAUCGCCGACUUGCUCAGUAACCUCAUCUCCGCCUUGAUUGCUAAUAUCAAGAUGGGGACCAUGGCGGCAAUGCCGAUAUUGUCUGUUCAUUCUUUUGUAUUGACCAUCGGGCUGGUCUCCCUUUUCGUGUUGACCAUUCGCCCGCUGUCGUCUUUGAUCAUCCGGCGUACGCCGGAAGGGAAGCCGGUGGACGGGGUCUACGUCAUCGUUAUUUCGUUCAUGGUGUUCUGUUCGUCGAUCCUGACGGACAAUGCCGGGAUGAAUUUCCAGUACGGUCCCUUUAUACUCGGGCUAGCGAUCCCCGACGGGCCGCCGCUCGGGUCGACGCUGGUGGAGAAGCUCGAAACCAUUGUCUCCGGCCUUCUGGCGCCGCUGAUGGUGACGUACUGCGGAACGAAAGUAAAUCUCCUCGACGUAUACGAUCUCCAGAUUAUUUUUCAGGUGUGGAUCGCAAUUUUGUCAUGUUACGUCAUAAAGUACCUGUCGAUCUUCUCGCCGGCAAUGAUAUGCAAGGUCCCCGUGAAAGACGCCGCCGCCCUGGCGUUCGUCUUGAGCACCCAGGGGGUGGUGCAGAUGUCGUUCUACCUGAACAACAUCAUAAACCAGACGUACGAUGUGGAGACGUUUUCGACGCUAACGUUGGGCGUGAUGAUCACGGCGGCGGUGGCACACGUCCUGGUGGCGUCGUUGUACGACUACACAAGGACGUACACGGGCUACCAGAAGAGAGACAUCCAGCACGUCACCGGGAAUUCCGAGCUGAGGAUGAUGGUCUGCAGCCACCGGCUAGACGACGUGGCGGCGGCAAAGAAGGUGUUGGAGAUUUCCGGCUCGUAUCGCGAGAGUCCGCUCUCGAUCUACGCGUUGUUCCUGGUGGAGCUUGUCGGUCGGGCCACGCCCCUGCUGAUUGACCACCAGCUGGGCCAGAAGAGCAGCUCGUCGAACCUCAGCCGGACCCAGAAGAUGGCGGACGCGCUGAGGUUGUUCGAGCAGCAGGACGCGAGCCGGACGACGAGCGUCCAGUUCUUCACUACGAUAUCCCUCCAGAAGUUCAUGCACCACGACAUAUGCUCCCUCGCGUUCGACAAGCUCGCCUCCAUGAUCGUCCUCCCCUUCCACCGGAAGUGGAACUACCAAGGGAAGCUGGUGCAGGAGAACAACGGAGUGAGGGCGAUGAACAGCUCGGUGCUCGACAUGGCGCCCUGCUCUGUCGGCAUCGUGAUAGACCGCCACAAGAUGAAGAGGGGCUCCGAAGCUGUCGGAGCCCCGUUCGAACACGUGGCGGUCAUAUUCCUGGGGGGAGCCGACGACCGCGAGGCGCUGUCUUACGGUCGCCGGAUGUCGCGGUCACCGGCUGUCCGCCUGACCGUGGUGCGAUUCGUUCCGUUGGACCCGGAUGCGGUGGACAGCCAGUGGGACGCGGUGCUCGACGCGGAACUCUUAAAGGAGGCGCGGCAGGUGGGGCAACACCAGGACAACGUGGUGUACCGGGAGGAGCGGGUGAGGGACGGGGCGGAGACGGCGAUGACGAUACACGACAUGGAGGAGGUGUUCGACCUCAUCUUGGUGGGGAGGAGGCACAAGGAGGACUUGCCGCAGCUGCUGGGGCUGAGUGAGUGGAAUGACAUACCGGAGCUGGGGCUCAUCGGAGACAUGCUCGCCGCGCCGGAGAUCACAUCUCCGGUCUCCGUUCUGGUGGUGCAACAACAGUAUACCAAGGGCAAAUGAUUGGCGACAUAUACGACGUAGGACUGUGUAGGAGUUUGUGAAGAUUUUCCAUUUUUUUUACCCGGAGUAAUUUUUACUCAUAUGUACCUUAAAAUUGACAUUUUCUUUCUUUUUGUUCAACACAUUCACUUUGUAAUGCAUAUAUAGUCAUCUUUUCUUCUAUUGUAAAGUGUACAAAAUAUAUUUGUUCCUCUUCUUGUUCCUUUUCAUUCAGCAUGUAAUUAAAUAUAUAUUUAGAUAAAUGAAAAAAGAAAUAUAUGAACCACAUAAGUUUAAGAAAAUAAUAGCCAUUAU